UUGAUGGACCAAUGUGAAAUCUGCUGAGGAAAUAUUCUUCCCCGGAACUUUAUGUGCAAUUUUGGUUUCCUGUUUGGGCAGGGACUGAUUUACUGGUGGACCAAUGUGGAAGCAGAGAAGAAGCUGGUAGUUGAACUGAAUCAUGUCGGAGUCUGGGCACAGCCAACCCAGUAUGUACGUUCCUGGGCGCAGCAGGAGGCGCCGUUGGAUGGACCAGGGUCCCUCUGGCAACCUGAACCUGUCGGAACCUCCACGUGAAAGAGACCCCAUGCUACGUGACCGCGAUCAGGACAAAUGGGAUGGAAAUGAAGAGAAUUCUGGCUACACCAUGCAGAAGACCCCGAUCAUCUUGGCCAAACCGGCAGCUGAGCGUCCAAAGCCGUCCCCUGCUCCAGCUCCAACCGCACCUGAAAAACCGAUUGUCCUUAUGAAGGCCAGAGAGGACGGUAAACCAGCCCCAACAGCGGAGGGCACCACUCUGCCACCAUCUGCCUCUACAGCAAAGCUGGAAAAGGAAGGACAGCGCCCAACACAGCCAGUGUACCAGAUUCAGAACCGAGGCAUGGGCGCCGCAGCGAACGCGGGUGGAAAUGUUGACCCUGUGGCUGGCCAGGCAAAACUGAUGCCUCCUCAGAAGAUGAAACACGGCAUCAAGCUGGUGGAUGAAUACAUGAACUGGUGUGACAGUGCCAUUGAGUAUUUGCUGGACCAGACAGAUGUCCUCGUGGUGGGAGUUCUCGGAUUUCAGGGUACGGGGAAGUCCACAAUGAUGUCCCUUCUUUCUGGCAACUCUCCAGAUGACGAUCAGAGAUCAUAUGUCUUUAGAAUGCAGAGUCAAGAGGUGAGGGAGAGAGCCGGGAAUCAGACAAGCGGCAUUGACUUCUUUAUCAGCCAGGAAAGGAUAAUCUACCUGGACACACAGCCCAUUCUGAGCCCUGCAAUAUUGGACCAUUUGAUAAAUAAUGACCGCAAGUUACCUCCGGAAUACAACCUUCCACACACCUAUGUAGAGAUGCAGUCGCUACAGAUUGCUGCUUUCUUGUUCACUGUGUGCCAUGUGAUUAUCGUUGUCCAGGACUGGUUCACCGACUUCAAUGUAUACCGAUUUCUCCAGACGGCUGAAAUGCUGAAGCCAUCAACACCGUCUCCCAGCCACGAGUCCAGUGGCUCAUCGGGGGCAGAUGAAGGCAUUGAGUACUACCCCCAUAUUGUGUUCCUCCAGAAUAAAGCCAAGAGGGAGGAUUUCUGUCCCCGCAGCCUGAAGCAGAUGCACACAGUGACUGACAAGCUAAUGAUGCAUUCCCGUCUCCGAUAUAAAGGCACUCUCUCUAUGCUGGACUGCAAUAUCUUCCCAGGGUUGCCCUAUGACUUCUUGGAGUCAGAAGUGAAUUUGUUUUUAGUGCCCGUCAUGGAGAAUGAAACUGAUGAAACCAUCUCAAGAGCAGGUUCAGGAGGAAACCCGCUCUUCCCCCUCCUUCCUGGGUAUAAGGGUCACCCCAACUUUCACACCAUGAUCAGCAAACUGCGGAGUCAGAUCAUGUCUAUGUCACGCCCGCAGCUCUCGCAUACCAUUCUCACCGAAAAGAACUGGUUUCACUACGCUGCUCGGAUCUGGGACGGGGUGAAGAAGUCUUCGGCAUUAUCGGAAUACAGCAGAUUGUUGGGGUAGUGAGGAUCGCCUCUUGAACCCAAGUGUUGUGUUUUAUAGGUGGUGGGCCGAGUCACCUUUUACUACUGUCCUUGGAUUUUUGUGGUUGGAACCCCCAGCCCUAGUGCUUGGAGUUUUGGCUUCUCCCGUCCAUCUUCAGAUUUUCCCAUCUCCAAAUAAAAAAAAAAGGUGAAAGCGGGAAACCUUCACAAGUGUCACAUCGGGUACGACCAUCUGGAAAGUCAAGCAUCGGGACUCCACCACCAGGGUCUGUGAUAGAUCCCCUUUUUUUCAGAAACUGGUUUAUCCGUUGUCGGUGGACAAUCUCUUGUUGGUGGACUUUAUUUGUCCUGAUCUUUACAUAAAACAAGAGAUCCAAACAUGAAGAUGUAUUAUAAGAACAGUGAGAGGAAAAGGUCAAUUUCCUCUACGUCAUGAUUAAGAUGGACCCAUUGUGAAAAAACAAGGGGUGCCGCUCGAGGUUCCUGUGUGUCCCAGUCCAGUGAUUCACACCUGAGCGUAGGUUGUUCGGGCGUUUUUUUCCGGGGUUUUGUCGCGCGUAUUCAUGCUUAUUU